AAAUAUGGUGACCAAGUGAGGUGCGAUUUGCCACGUUUUGUUUUUCCUACGCCAGCUCAUGGAAAAUUCUGUGAACAUAACAAUGAUUUAAAACCUGAUCACCUAGUAACGUGUAUUGUUUAAGCUUUAAAUAUGAUGAAUGCAGAAGAAGACAUUGAUCUUUCUGAAGAAAUAGCUGUUAUGAAUCUGACCUCUUCAGAUCUAGCAACAGAAUUGGGAUCAAUUGUGAAUUCUUCGCUUUCUUCACUGUCACCCCAUUCUAGCAGGCAUUCCAGCAAAGCGCCAUCAAUAUCUGGAGAUAUGUUUACCAAACAAAAUAAUAGUCUAGGCGAUGAUAGCACUGGAAAAAGAGGAAGUAUAACAGGUUCACUUACUCCUGUUGAGCUAGAAGUUGCUUCCGGUACCACACCAAUGCAAAAGACAACAAGUGAUUUAUUUGGUGGUGAUAGCAAAGAUAUUUUUUCAUCCUUGUCAAAUACCAACUCUCUAACAGGAGGCAGUGCAAACCAAAUUAGUUCUUUUGAUAUUGUGCCUAGUGUCAAUACAGGGGCUAGUGUAUCCUCUUUUGAAAUGCAAAGUACAGGUGUACAAGAUGACAGCCAUUUUAAUACGCCAAUACAGGCUUCUUCAUCAUCACUCUUUGAAGCAGUAUCUGUUCCAAAAACUUCAGUACAAGAUAAUGUUAGUGAUAUAGCGAACACAAUACAAAAUAGUUUUGGUUUAGAGCCAACAAAGUCACCAUCAGAUGGUAAUAUUAGUACACUUUUAAGUGCAUAUGAUGCUCCACAUAUACCUUCUAAUUUGCAUCACCCAUAUGCAAGCACAACUUUACCUGCUGCAAAUAAUACAACUUUACAUACAUUGACUAGUAGCAAUCACUCUUCCAAUGUUUUCUCACAAAACAAAAGUCAAGGUGAACAGCAAAUCAUAACAGGAAAUAAUAUUUCGAAUAUGCAAAACGAAUCUUUUAAAAACCUGCAACCUUACAAUUUAUCUCCAGUAUGUAGCAACAACUUUCAACAACCAUACCAACAACCAAAUCAGUAUGUGAACAAUAACUCUUUAAAUCAAUCAAGUUCUCCUCCAAUGAUUCCAUCCAAUCAAUCAAACACAGGUUUGUUCAUACCAUCGAUGUACAGCAGUCAGAAGGAAACUGCUGAAAGCAAACCAACAUUUUUUGUUCCUGCACAACCUACUGAGAGCACAUAUAAUACUCCAACGUAUCAACCACCAAUGUUAAGUAAUAAUUGCCAGACACCACAACAUGUUGCACCUGAUACUUAUGGUGGUCAAUUCAAUCACAGCAAAGAUAUGUAUCAAGUGCAAACUGGUGUGGAUGAGCAAGGCAAAGGUAUUUGGCAAUGGAUAAAGAAUACAGUUAAUAAAGACUGGUCAGAGGGAGCGCAAAAUUUUAAAAAGCAAAUUAAAAAUGCUACGGAUUCUGUUCUGACAACUCUUGAUCCUGGAAUGGAAGAAUAUUUAAAGCCGGUCAUUAACAUUGGUGUUGCAUCUCAAAACCUUUCAGUUUUAUUUGGUGUCAAACAAGGCUUUAGCAAUGCACAUGGCAUAGCUAUCGUAAAAGGACAGCAUAUAGUACAGGACAAGUCACCACUGUUGCCAGUUGGUUUCGAAGCAGGUAUUAAUGCUGUGAAUGACAUGCUGAAUACGCUGAGCAAUGUUAACUUUGAAUUUCCCGGUGAAUAUCUCCUACUGGCAACUCAAGUCUUCAUCACAGAGCUAAUCCCGAAUCAAUGGUCUGCAAUGGUAUGUGUAGGUUUAAAAGAUCCUCAACGUAACUUUCUGCUGCAUACUUUCUCACAACCAAUCCCUCUUCCAACACAGUGUGUAACUAUCGCAUACAACCGCACUCUACAAAAUGUAGCAGAACAGUUCGUUGGAUAUGACAUCACGAUUGAUGAAGCUGUCAAACUGUAUAUACCUUUCACAAACGAUAAAGAUUGGUGCUCUGCUCUUACAGAUAUCCCAUUAAAACACAUCAUCUCAAUUGCUUCUCAGUGCUUGGCGUCAGAUUAUAAACGAUAUGUCGCUUCAAUAGAACCCACACCAGCGACACAAGAAAAUUACGCCGUGACUUAUGAUAAUAAUUAUCAGCAACCACAAGUGACAGUGCCACCUAUGGCGUCUCAACAACCACCAAACGCAGUGGUGUUUAAUGGAUUUGGUUAAAUUAUUGAUUGGAGUUUGUGUAAAGGAAAUGUACAACUUUGAAUUUGCAAUCACGCAGUUUACUCCACCCGCGAAUGUUCAGAAAUAAUCAAUUUAUUGGAACAUAGAUUGUUGCAACACGAAAUUGAUAGACUUAAUAGGGAGGAUUACCCCGUUGAAAAAAGAGAAAGUGUUGAUUUGGUUCGCUGUUUCAUUGAUUUAACUUUUACGCCUUUCCCAUAUGUGUUUGACAUUUUGCUACGAGUCUUCCAUAUUUGUUGACACUAGAAUGUUUUUGUUUGUGUAGCCAUGGUAACAUGAAAAGUGAAGCAAAAUUAACAGUCGUCUGGUGUUGGGUUCUUUUAUUUUUUUACCUCAGCAAAGGAUAUAUUUAUAUAUAAAUGUAAUAUUUAUUUAAAAGCUGUUGAUAUAAAUACAUCUGAAAAAUUGAA